AUUGUGUUUAAUAUAACCAUAAAUCGCAAACCAAUUGAUAUCUCAAUGUCUUCAAUGGGUUUGGGAAAGAAACGUAGUCUUAAUGUCAGUGAUUAUCACAUCCAAUGUCAAGAGAAACCAUUGAAAUUAGUUAAACGAGAGUAUGAUAGCGAUUACAAUGACUACACCUCUCAAGACACCACUUCCUCGAGAGCCCAACACAUCCAACCCAUCAGACGCCACAACAAUCAGGGCGGAGGCGUUGAGGAGGCGUCACAACUAUUCUCUGGUGACCACAACAGUGUCAUCCGUAAGGGUAUCAUCAAU